UUGACCUCAGUUAAUUGGAGUGAUUGUCGUCUGCUUUAACUCUUCUGGAAACUAUUGGAAAUGUUCAAGCACAAGAUGAGGACAAUAUUAGCAGUGUUCGUUCUGUGUGCGCUGUAUUCGGUUAGUGCAAAUCCUGUUCGAGAUGACAGUUGCAGUGGUGUGCCCAUCACUCUCCCAGAAGUCAAACUGCUCAACAUCACCCGUUUUGUCAUCGGUCGGCCCGGUCAAGUCCAUCUCAGGCUGAAGUCAUCAUAUCCGUUAGCAUUCCUUUGGUUCAAGAACAUUUUGAAGGAACAGCAGUCAUACCCAGCCAUCAUCAUCGAUGAUGACCACUUCAGUACUUCCUGGAGCCGUCCGACCUCUGGCGAGUACGACACAGUCCUGACUGUCAAGGCCGUAACAGCAGACGACACCAAGUUCAACCGGUUCACACUCGAAAUGACCAUCCACCAUCCAUGUGCAAGUAUCAAGAUGAUGAUGCUACUAGGUUCGGACAACAUUUUGAAGCAAAACUUAGAAAGCCCGGUGAGGAUCGAUGCGAUAUCUAAACAAAUGGUCAAGAAGAACAUCGGGGAUUCGCUACGUUUGCAGUUGAAGGCGACUUUCACUGCAAAGUCUAACGAACGUUUGUUUGGGUCUCCUAUCUCCGUCUCUAAAUGGUAUAGUACAGUAUCAAGGAAUGGUAUCUAUGACCGCUUGAACCUGUACGUACACGAAAACGGCAAGGAACUUCCCCUGAAUGCAAAAAACGUUAUAAAUGAUGUUAAAAAGAUUAAUGAGGGUACCUUCGAAGCGCACAGCAAAAUGGUACUGAAUCCCUUGCUCCAGAGCGACCAAGGUUUCUUCCAGUGUCGGUUAACGUAUGACUUAGCGAGAGAUGUCUUCAUUCACUUGUACGCCAUGACGGAGUUCCGCUACAGUGACAGGUUGAUGCCAGCGGUAGCAGUCCGUCCAUGCUCGGGCUUGCCAAACAAGAAAGAGGACUUGGAGACCGAGCAUGGCGUGGUCCAGGUUCCGAUCAGAGCCGGAAUGGAGAACUGCAUCGAAUGCUUUGCCCACGCUGUCCCAGAUUUCAUGAUGGUCUUUGCAAAAAUCAAUCCAGAUUUUAGAUCUGGGAUCCAAUUUAUGCAACCUAUUGCAAAGUUUGACUAUGGUUCUUUGAAGAGGUACGUCUAUCCUUUGGCUGCUGUGGAGGAUGAGAUCCGGCAUUAUGUCUGCUCUGCUGGAAGGAAAGAUGGCGUUACCGCUGUACCGAUGAGGGUUGUUCCUUACACACCUGUCAAACUUACUGAAGUGUCGCCGAAUGAACUUAACCUUGUCGACACAAAUAAAGUAAUCUUCACUUGUCGGGCCACUGGUACUCCAUCCCCUUCUAUCACCUUCUACAAGUCACCAAAGAACAGCAUUCUGCCAGACGGCGCGAGCCCUGAAGACAGAGGAUGGGCAAAGGUGGCUGCUGGAGGCACGAUAGAGGUCAUGACCUCCCACGACCUUGAGACAAAGGUCACUACUGGCAUCAUGGCGGUGGAAGAUGUUAGUGACGAUACGGACAGAGGACGAUUCGACUAUACUUGUGUCGCAAAAAAUGAUUAUAGCAUGAAAGCUGGAACUGUAUUUGUUGAUUCAUUCUCCCGGCAGUUGUCACCCCCGGAUUCAGAUUGAUUUACGACACAUCAACAACUCAGGGGGGAUGGGGUGUAAGGAGGUGACAAUCUGACAACACCUCUGUACAGUGGUGCUGUAUUUUAACGCUCUCAUUUGUCACCGCCUUAACUUUGGGUCAGAUGUCGUUUCCCUGUGAGUCAGUUGAAAUGCUUUAACGUGAUGUUGACAGUAAAAAUGAAAACUGAGACUUUGAGACAUCCUGCUUUAAUGGUAAAAAUUGUGUAUAUUGAAACAGACGAUACCCGACCCUUCGUCUACUUGCAAUCGAGCUACCAGAACAAUCCUAAUUGUUGCUAUAUCUUCAUUUCCCAGUGUUACCUUAGCUUCUUCCAAACAUCUCUAUCCUCAAGUUGAAGUUUUACCACACACCAACGCUGGUUAGAGAAACGUCAUGGAUGACCGACAGACGACAGCCGGCGCGGUCGGCAGCCUGACUCUCUGGCCCGACUGGUAUGCAGACUAUCCACCUAAACCUUCAAACUUACCCUUUGAUGUCAGCAAUAAGCAUAUCCGAGAGCAUUUUUAGCGAUCUUAACUAAUUUUCUAGCAAGCGGUGGCGUUUUUACGUCGGACCCAGGGCGUCGGUAAUUGGUUGAACAGAUGAAGUUGUUAAUCAAUGUAUAUAGAUGAACAUUCUCAAGUCAGGCUCGGCAUGUAGAUCACGUGAGCAAUGCACAGGUUUACUGACGUUAGAAGGAGAGCUACUGUUGCAAAGAAUGCCUCCAAUGUCAAUAUAUUGUGUAUGAUCAGCUUGUAGCGUCUAUAUUAUCCUAGGAGAUCCCGUUACACACCAGGUGGUGGUAAUCCAUACCCCGGCCGCCUUUUCUUAAACCGCGGGUUGCCUCUUCACAAGAAUUGGACCGAACAUCUCGAAGAUUGCGAAUUCGCUUAGUUCCCAAGACAGCCAGCGUUGCUCAGUGCAUGGAAAUGUAUAUGCUUGUAGGAUUAGUAUUUGAAGCUAUCGUACGUCACCUGACAAACAUUUGAAUUUAAGAAAACCAUGACCAAAAUUGAUAAAGCUUAUUAUGCUUGUCAUCCAUAUUUCAAUACUAGAGCUUGGCUGAACCACACAAAUGCACUACUGAUAGAACCUGGAGUCAACCUAUCUUGAAGAUGCUACCAAUGUAACCUGUAACCUGCAGUAAAUGAUGUAAAUAAGCUUCUUUCGUCGAAACAAUUGCUGUAGAAAAAAAUCACCUAGCAAAAUCUUGCCUAAAUUAUAUAUUUGCUGAA